ACUAGUGAUGAACCCUCCCUGCCCUCCCUGGUACUGUGGUAGUGGUGAAGCUAAUGCAGUGCAAAUGCGUUCUGCACAUGUGUAGAUUGAGUGCUGUGUGUGAGUAGACCUACUGUCUGCCAUAGCCUAUAGGCCCAUCCACUAGCUCCGUCUAAUACAGCUCUCCUGGAGACGAGCCUGCCACAGAACACGUACCUAUCAGCAGUGGCAGUCAAGCAGGACACGACGCUCAUCAUGCAGCGACACCAUCACGCCAAGAGUUUCUAGGUCCAGCUGUUCGAGCCAAGCCAGAGACAGCAGACCGUGCAGAAUGCCACGGCCACGCAUUGGCCAGCGAACUCGCUCCCUUCCCAGACUCUUCCUGCCCAGUUUCAGACGUGAGAAACUGAAACUGACGCUGCAGAGGUAGGGGCAUCGGGGUCAAGAAAGCGACACGCGUUGCACCCCUAGAAACGUCGUGGAAGGCCGAAGAGAAAGUCAUCCCGGCCGGAUUAGUAUCGGAAAGUAUUCAGACCCAGGAUCGCCUUCUGCUUGGUGAUACUAGUGAUAGUUUGGUUCCUUCCCAGCUGCACUCUGACGAGUGUGAACCAGAAACGCAAUUCGAGAGGGACUUCUGUUGCAUGGGGCUUCAAUCCGAGCAGUGGCAAAUGGGUAAGGCGUGUCUGAAAACGCUGCUCAGCUGCAAACAACCCAGAUGACUAUUGUGAUCGGCAACGUCCUACUCGUGAGGAUCACAAACUCUGCGCAGCGAUCAGCCCGGAUGCUGGCUGUGUGAGGUAACGUUAGUUGUUCAGGAGCUCGUUCAGCCACGCCGCGUCACCGCGGAGAGUUGCAGCUACUGCAGCAGGCCUGAGUCAGUUUGACCGCCUCUAGAAAGAAUACUAUGUUUGCCUCGUGCGUGCCCUGGCCGCGCAAGCGGAAGGCAGGGAAGAUGAAGGAUUGUUGCGAGCAGAGGCCCGCUGUCGAGGACACGGCAGUGGAGCGUCCCUAUCAGAAGUUUGUUCCCAGUGCUGCAGCGGCGCUGCUGGCCGAUGUGGUCACCGCCAAUGGCGUUCCCAACAGAAAUGGCAGGGCAUCGACAGCUUGGACGAAUCCGCAGCACCAGCGACAACCUAGCCAUGACGACGACGCUCACGAGCCAAGGAAGGCUGCAGUUUCGUUGAGUGACGCUUCGGAUAUAUCGCCAGCAUCAGUAUUCUCAGAUUGUUCGGCCAACCUCACUUUCUUUUCGCCUGGUGCUUCAUGCGAUUCCGACUCCUCUGUACAUUCUACUACUAGUGCACACGGGGACGUAUUCCAGGCUCCCCAGCGCAGAGUGAAGCACAGCAGCAACGGUGCACUCAAUUUUACCAAGCAAGCUAAACUGACCAGAUCAUUGCAAGAGAUAUUCUGCGAGGACAGAGGCGACUCCUCGCUGUUUCAGCAGCAGCUGGCCGUCAGUAUCGCGCAGGAGGCCGUCACAAAGACAAAGUCGCUGUCAUCGUGCCGACACCUACCCUGCAACAGCACCAGCGGUCCCACCACUGCAGCAGCACAGGUGCGUGGCUCUGCAUCGCUUGAUCGCCGUGCCCACUACCGUGGCCACCAUCUAAAACUUGGCUCGGCAUCCGAGAACGAGAUUCCUGCAGCCGUUAACUGCGACGUUGGUCCUGUUGAAAGACGUGUUUUCGGCAUGCCCACAUCCUCCACGCCCCCUAAUGUUAAGAAUCUUGUCAAGAUUUUUCAAUAUGAUGGUGGCAACAACAGCGACAAUGGCCAGUCCCAGGUAAGCACAUCCGCAUCCCUGUUCUCUCGCCGGACCGUCACAGCAGCAGCCGCGGCUGUUGCCGUUUGCACCAGCAAGUCCUCUUGUACCGUUCGACAAAAAGCCGAGGCAUUUGAUUCUUCGUCGGCGCCGUUAACCCCCUCUCCUGGAGAAAGUCCCGACAGGAUGGCUGCCCGAAAAACCAGCAUCCCCGGGAAUAAACCACCGGUCCCAACCAGGUCCGGUCGACUAACAAGUCGUCCCGGCAGCUCUGAAGGGAAUAGUUCUCAGUCUAUCUCCAGCUCUUCGAGUACUGUGGACAUGGCUAUCCAUAGACCCAUCCAGUCAGCACUUUCCUCAGCAUCCUCUCAACCUCGCAAAAGUCCGUCCGCAUCAUCGACUGUGUUUUCCAAACCAUCGUCCACGAGCACGUCUGUAGCGGAAAGAGCAAAGCUGUUUUCGGGAGGCGAUUCUCGCGCUGCAUCCUCCGACUUCAAGAAAGUACAACAGCCCCUGGGAAUGAAAGAUGCUAGUGACUCGGGCUCAAAGCCCAAACCUGGAUUUAUCCGCAACAACCUAAAGGGUACCGAAGAUAAGCAAUUAAACCAGUUGCCGCGGCAUGCGCCAAGCAAACAAGGACAGCCUUCAUCUACGCCAUCACAACCAAGGCCAGAAAAGCCUCCUUUGAAGACCAAGCCGAGCCUUACAAAGCCAGGCCAGGGAAGGCAAUCGAAACGCUCCUCGCUGAACAAAGCACCGGGGAAAUCCCCCUCUUCAACUCAGCAGUUAGAGCGAAAAGAAGCAACGCCCGAUAAAGAAGAACAUGCUAAAGACAAGUCCUCAAAUGCGGAGUCAUGUGAUGUAAUCAAUGAGGAGAAAAAAGAAGCAAGAAUACCAACGACAGAAAGCCGAUCUGCUGUGGGUCCUGAUGACCAGAAAGAGCAGGAAUCUAUUUUGAGCCAGGAUCUGUCGGGUCCACAGUCUCUUUGUGACAAUCCGCCAGAUGCUAACGCUUCCCAGCCGAGCGACGGCGAGCGUGAGUCCUGUGCCGUGGAGAAGGACGGAACUAUCUUGCCUGGCAACUCCGAGUCCUUAAGUGUGACGCAGACCAGCAGUGAGCCGUAUGAUAGUAGUAGUGCUAGUACGGUUAGCGUUGAUUCCAGCAGUAUGGGCAAUGGUGAGAUGAUGCCUGUAGCAUCACCACAGCACUCCCCACAAAAACCACUUCAACAAUCCCAGUCAAGUUCGCUGGAUUACCAGUCAAAGUCACAUACAUUUGUCCGCCGUUCCAAUGUGAGGCGCCAUUCAGCGCAAGCAAGAGAGGAAUCUACUGACAGACAGCCAGCGGCUGAUGACGUAAAACCAGCGGCUGAUGACGUAAAGCCAGCGGCUGAUGAUGACGACGAAAAGCCAACUGCUGAUGACGAAAAGCCAGCGGCUGAUGAUGAAAAGCCAGCGGCUGAUGACGAAAUGCCAGCGGCUGAUGACGAAAUGCCAGCGGCUGAUGACGAAAUGCCAGCGGCUGAUGACGAAAUGCCAGCGGCUGAUGGAGCUAAUACUGUCGCCGAUGCUACGAAGCCUGUCACCGUGCCCAUAAACAUUCCCCAGAGGCGGCCACCUUCUCCACCUCGUGGCAGAUCGAAUGUCCGUAUGGAAAGAGAGUCGGUGAGUUCUCGAAGUAGGUCUCCAGCACCGCUGUCUAUCCGUUCAUCGCCAGCAGCGUCCAGGGAAGCGUCGCCAUCACGUCGCUGUACCUCACCGCCAACAAAAUUUGCCUCGUCGCUGCCGAGUGCGUCAACAUUUGCUAAAAGCAAAGCUCCGAAGCUGAUAAACUUGCUCUCGUCCGUGUCGGGAGAAAAGGCAAGUGCUGUGGCGCCUCCACCCCGUCCACCUCCGCCGAAACUGCUACCAGUGUGUCCAGCCUCACCAUCCGUUUCACAAGACAGCACGUCGGAUCAAACAUCAAUGGAUAGUCCUGAUGAAAGCAGGGUGUUGUGCGGUGCUGGCAGUAGUGAACAAUCAAAAUCUGGCUCAACGGACCAGGCUGCAUCUAGUGCACUUGGAACCAUGGGGGAUGAUUACUGUGGCCCAGGCCAAGACGCGGAGGGCGAUGUGGACACACAAACGCAUGAUAAGAACGGCAAGUUACGGCAAGCGCGCUGCAAGAGAAUUCGCUCGUUCAACUCGUCCGACAAGGACAGCCCCAAGCCGAACCGCCGUCACAUCAGCAAGAAGUCCAUCAUGCAAACAGUGACCGCACGCAUCGGUAACAGUAGUAAGACUGCUAGCGACAAGCAUCAGAGUGAGGAUCUGCGUCGCACCUGCACCAGCACACAGGCUGAGACCACUGCUAAGAACGCACUGCCGACCGCCGACUCUCGCGUGCACCGUGCACCCUCCUCCAACGGCGAGGGCACAAAGCUCUUGAAGAUGGCGUUCCGCAAAUCCGCCACGACAACAAUCCCUGAUGCACCGGCCAGCACGUGGCAUGCACAGCUACCAGAUCAGGACCAGGAUGCUAAAGCGGAUGUGGACGGGGAGUCGCCAACUGCAACGGAAAGUAGUGAGAUUUCCUUCGGCAAAUUUAACACCCUCCCUCGGGCAACACUGCGUACACUAGUGUCAAAUGACCGGAGGAGGAAGCUGACCGCCACGCGUCACACAAAGGGCCGAGGGAAAGGAGCGGAUCUUGUUGAUGUUGUGACAAGACGAGGCGUAGAAAUGCCCACACCACCCCCUCCGGCACCCGUGCAGCAGGUGGAAGCAGAUGCAGAAGCCGACGCACCCGUAGUCGACGAUGCGACGGCGGCGUUCAAGGACGAAGAAGACCUUUACGUAACGCUGGAGACGUGCCGUAAACGAAUGGCGUCGUGUAGCGACUACCUCGGGACCCGUUCCAGCCGUCCCAGUGUCUCCUCCGCAGCCGGUGACCCCAGCACUCAGCAGAUAUCGGAUGUCACGGAGGCACUGUCAGAUAGCGAUGUUGACGAGACUGAAUUCGACAUGCUACCCGACUCCAAGAUUGCCGACCUGUCUCCGCCUGUGCCGCAGGCCUCCGGUGUCGUCUCCAUGAUGGAGAUGAGAGCGCUUUGGCGUGAUCUACCACAGGUGCAAGAGGGUGGCUACCUGGAGAAAUUAUCGUCAUCGGAGGUCAAGCUUCAGGAGGCUAUUUACGAGCUGCAGACCUCCGAGGAGUCCUAUAACAAAAGCUUGAAGGUCCUAGUGGACUUCUUCAUGGUCAAGUUCCGAGGAUGUGAUGACGAAACACCGCUUUGCUGCAAGGAGGACAUCGAUACACUGUUUUCUAAUUCGUCUGACUUGCUCGAGAUCAGUAGCACGUUCUUGGCUGACCUCCGGCAACGCAGCGAAGAGUCCAUUGUCGUCGAGUCGGUGUCCGACCUGAUCAUGCAACACAUUCGCCUUUUCGAGCCGUACGUGGGCUAUUGCCGUGAGCAGUGUCUUCAGAAUGCCAAACUCAACCAUCUUCUACAAACCGACCCCACGUUCGAGAAGGCACUGCGCCAGCUCGAGCAGGCUCCCGAUGCCCAUAAGCUGCCGAUCUCGUCCUACCUUCUGCUGCCAAUGCAGAGAAUAACACGAAUGCCACUACUGCUCAGGGCGGUUGUGGAGCGUACGCCUGAUGAGAGUGACGAGAAGGCGAACAUCCUGCGAGCAAUGGAAUACACGCAGAAGCUCGUGAAGCGUUGCAACGAGGGUGCCCGAUCACUAGAACUGAUGAGCGAGCUAGAGAGCCAGCUGAAGUUCGAGAAGGUCACGCAAAUGGACAUCAUUGCUGGUCAUCGCAUCAUCUAUCAGGUGGGCGUAGUCCGCCGAAUCAAUCAGAAGAAGAGAAAGAAGCUGGUCAACCUGUACGCGUUCAACGAUCUGGUGCUCGUGACGAAAACGAAAUCCGAAAAGAAGGGUCUGGAUGAUCUUCAGGUGAUUGACUACUGCAAGAUGCCAUUGGUCAUUGUGCAUGGUCAGUACAAGGGUGGCAAUGAAUCCAACGACCUAAGGUUCUCUCUGGUGUUCCUAGAGAACCAUCAGAGGAAAGAGCGCUCCUACUUCUUCGAGGCAUCGUCUGGCAAGGAUAUGGAGAAGUGGAUGUCAUCGCUGAAUCCUCCGAUGUGCCUCAAGGAAGAGGGCGACACAAUCUACAACCGAUGGAAUUGUCCAGUUGGUCGUGCAUUGUACGCUUUCCAAGGUGACAAGGAGGACGAUCUGAAUAUGGUCGAGGGCCAGGAGAUCGAGGUGCUGCGACGUACUGAAGACGGCUGGUGUUUCGGACUGGUCAUGAACAGCUCGCCGCCUGUAGAGGGCUGGUUCCCCAUGAGCUACAUUGCCGACAUUCCCAGCGAGUAUCGGCGAGCACUGAACGUGCGCCAGCGCUACCACUUGCUCAAGGCGGCUGUGUCAUAACCGAGCACGUCUGCUCUGCAGAGCCCGGUGGAUUUGCUGUGCCCGUUCUGUAAUCCACGGUCAGUGCAGGGUUCGAAGGAUCCUCGCGUGCGGCUUUUGGCUCACUGUUCGCCUCCUGAAGAUGUUGAUCGGCUAACUUUUCACCUGGUUCUAACCGUGGGCUCCGUAAUGUUUUCUAAAGCAGGACUACUACUCACUCAUUUGACAAACACUGCGCUAGCAAUCUGUACCGGUGUGCUCAGUUACGCCGGGAAGUCUUAGUUGUUGCAUACUACCUACUUUGAACAUUUCUAUUAUCAAUAGUAUCUCAUAUGCGCAGUGCGUAGUUUUUCCCUUAUUAGGACAUGUAGCCUCGCUUCAUUUCUUGUUGUGUGCAGGGUUUUUUUCUUCGAUUUCACAAAUGUUGGGAUACUCUAGCAUCUCGUGCAGUCGUUUCAUACCGGUUCCUAUUCCUUCGCCAAAUCCAAGCUCCGCUCCACGUUCCUCCCGAAUGCAACCGCCGCACAUUCUCUUCCUCAAUCCCAGCUUCGCAGUCCUCUUGAGUCGUUCGCCAAGUCUAACACCAUUGAACAAUUAUUUCAAGCUUGAGAUUAUUUCCCGUGUCCUUUUUAUUACCAUUAUUAUUAUUAUUAUUAUUAUGUUGAGCAGGUAUUCCCUUAUCACUUUUUUCCGUUUGUCCCGAAUUAACAGCGUAGCGUUGUUAUUGUCUCCUCCCAAUAUCCUUCUAGUAAGCUUAGUCAAGUUCUUUUUUCUUCUUCUUCUGAGUGUGGCUCCGUCUCUGUUUGAUGAUGCAUUUGAGUUUAAUUGCUGUUUUUUUUUCGUUCUAUUAUUUUAUUUUCGGCAAUGUUGAUUUUUUCAUCCUAACAGUUCUGGCAUAACAAUGUAUAACUUGUACACAAUG